UUGGGAUGAUUUUGGAUAUUACUGAUGCAUAAUUUUUAUACUAGCCAGUGAGCAGUUUCCUUUUUCUUUUUUAGAAUCACUUGCGUUUUGAGGAGGUCGUGCACUUCACAGAGAAGUGGCUUUUGCUGAAUCUUGAGCAGAGUUCUUAACCCUCUAGGCAUGGAAGAGAAUUGUGGGAUUGUGGACCCUUUCAGAGUUCAGAAUAUGCAUGCAAUUUUUCCGUGGAGUCACUUAACAAUCUUGCGAGUUGGGCCAGGCUGAGAAGGAAAGAUUAUCUUAAGUAUCCCCAGGGUCAAAGCUGAGAAAAUACCGAGGGCUGCCAGUUGAGCUCUCCGGGCCAGUCAAUAGUUUGUCACAACACUGGAAGGUAACAGGUCAGAGAUGGAGAAUAAAGAAGAACCGUGUGUUUUGGAUUCAGAAAAAAAGGGAGAUAAAAAAAGGGAGCCCCCGAGAAGGAAAACUAAAUUAAAUCAGGGGAGGAAUAAAGCAUCUGCCUCUCUGACCAGGGGCCACCGUGAGCUUGCCAAUCCAGAAAAAAACAAUAAAGGGAACAAAAAGAAUACCUUCCUUGAACGUCAGAAGAGUUUCCAUUCCGACUCAAACCUUAUGGCUCACUGCACGAGCUUCAUCAAGGAGCAGCCGUUUAAAUGUGAGAAGUGUGGAAGGAGUUUCAGCUUAAAUACGCACCUCAGCGCUCACCGGAGAAUUCACACGGAAGAGAAACCCUAUAAAUGCUCCCAGUGCAGCAAAAGCUUCAGUGCAGUGACCAGCCUCACCAGUCACCAGAGGAGCCACACGGGGGAGAAACCCUACAAAUGCUCCGAGUGUGGAAAGAGCUACAGUUCCAGCACAAGCAUGGCUUACCAUCAAAGGACUCAUCGCGGGGAGAAACCUUACAAAUGCCUGGAAUGCGGGAUUGGCUUCAGCUUGAGCACAAGCCUCAUUUCCCAUCAGAGGAUCCACACAGGGGAGAAGCCCUAUAAAUGUCUGGAGUGUGGGAAGAGUUUCCGUGUGAGCACAAGCCUCACUUCCCAUCAGAGAAUUCACACAGGGGAGAAACCCUAUAAGUGCUUAGAGUGUGGCAAAAGCUUCUGUGUGAGCACAAACCUCACUUACCAUCAAAGAACUCACACAGGGGAGAAACCCUAUAAAUGUCUAGAAUGUGGGAUUAGCUUCUGUUUGAGCACAAGCCUCACAUACCACGAAAGAAUUCACACGGGAGAGAAACCAUACAAGUGCCUGGAAUGCGAGAUGAGUUUCCGACGGAGCUCGGACCUUAACACCCAUCAAAGGAUUCACACGGGGGAAAAGCCGUACCAGUGCAUGAUGUGUGGAAAGAGCUUCCGGGUGAGUUCGAGCCUCACUUCCCAUCAAAGAACUCACACGGGAGAGAAACCAUACACCUGUUUGCAGUGCGGCAAGAGCUUCAGCAGAAGCACACACCUCAAUGCCCAUCAAAGAACCCACAGGGGAGCAGCUGUGUGAAUCCUUAGUCUGGGAUAAGUCCGAAAGCAAAUCCCACCGAAGAAUUCACUCAGGAGACACCAUCCCAGUGGUUGGAAUGUGGAACAAGAUUAAUUUGUAGUGAACCAAGUGGAGCAUAUUAAUGUGCUGGAACGAAGAUGGGAAACUUAUUUCCUUUGGAUCUUCUUUGUCCAGAUGCCUAGUACCUGGCUUUGUGUCUCCCCUGCUUUAAUUCUGACAACCAUUCCAAAGACAAAUACUUGUAAAUGUUGAGACUGGGUGGAAGCAUUACAUAACUUUAGUGCUAAAUUGUUAUAUGGCAAGUAACAAAUAAAAUCUUAAUACUGUCCAUCGUUCCUCAAAUAUAUUUUGAAAUUACUAACUCUGUCACCAGAGAUUUCAACUAUUAUCCCCAU